AUGGAAUCAAAUGAAAUUUCGAUGUUAACAGAUAUUAAAUUAGAUAUCUAUGAUAAACGCCCAUUAUCGUUGAAAUUCAAAGCAUGGACACGAUGUGAAGUGAAAAUCGAAGCCAUUAAAUGUUUGCCCUGUUUCCUAAGGAUCACAAUAAAAUCUUUGGAAAUGGAAUCGCAGCAGCCAGCCUCAGGAGGAGGUGACACACAGUUGUGUGUAUCGGUUAAUGUGCCUGGUGUCAGCAUCAGUUUGGCCACCUCGCGUACCAAACAAUUUUCGUACGGUUUGUUCUGGACCCAUAAUCGUCGUGAUUGUUUUAUCUACUUUGCCGAGGACACAGAGGCCACCUGUCGCAAACACAUGAAAUGGAUUAAGAAAUCGAUUAAGAAUUUAGAAGUAUACAGACAAGUGUUCUUUGAACAACGCCGCAGCAGUAGGGCGGGUACGAAAACCUUGGGACCCCUACCACAAAUUCCCAUUUCAAAUAAUAGCUUUAAUUGGUCGGGUGGUCGUUUAUCACGAGCUUCGGAAAUCUAUGAGGAAAUAUUUGAAGGUAAUAUACCACCACGCCUAUCCCGCAGACUUUCACGAGCCUCUAUUGCCUCGGGUAUCUAUGAAGAAAUGAAACCAUGUUCACAGAGUAUCAUCAAUGCCAUAAUGGAAGAACAUCUGGAUUGUCCACCACCUUUACCCCCACUGCCGCCACAUCGUAAACGUAUCAAUACUCUGGAAAGUGAAAUGACCGGGUCGCUAAAUGAUAUACCACGUUCUAAUACAAAUCCCGAAGUGGACUUGGCUAAAAAGAAAAAAUAUAAAAAUGUUUUGGAUAACAUUUUCGGUACGGGUCGUUCGAAGCGUGCGGAAAGUGUUAGUGAGUCGCAGGCAUGUACCAUGGAGGAUAUUAUUAAUGGUAGCACAGGGGGUGCGGGAGGCCAUCGUGAUACGGAUAAAGACGACUUUGGUAAUCCUUUGUAUGCCAAUGAAAUUUUAAAACGUCCCGAAGUGAUGGCCAUUAGCCAAAGUAAACGGAACAGUUUCUCCAGUCCCGAUUUAUCGAAAAUCAACUUUUUGGAUACCUUUGAUGAGGAGAAGAUUGCAGCUUUGUUGCUGCUACAAUCAUCAUCCAAUGAUGAACUGGAGCAGGAUCAUGAAUUUGUCGAAGUUGAUGGUGUCCACAAUUAUAGCUCCUUGAGUUUAGACGACUCCUCAAUUGGCCAUUGCAAUUCUCGUGCUGUUCUCAAACGUUUGCAUGCCUUGAAAUCGAAAUCGGGUUCCUUGGAAAGUUUAAAUAUUUCCGAACAAUUGCCACAGAAUUUUAAUUUCUCUGCAUGUAAUACCUCCUCCAUCAAUCUAGUGGGUGCCAGUGGUGCGGUACCAUCCCUGCAGAUAAUGAAACGUAAUAAAAUUGUCAUCGAAGAUGAUCUGACGGGUUAUUGUAUUAUGGCUCCGAUACAAAAUAAAAAGACUGAAAAUCGUGAAACCACCAAUACUGCCACCUCCUCGACAACCUCAUCUACAUCAUCGGGUUAUUCCACUGGGUCAUAUUGUUCCACCACCUCAUCAUCCUCUUCAUCGAAUUCUGAGCCAACGCUGCGCAAAACUCCCAUUCCCGUUAAUGAUAGCAAUAUCUAUGAAAAUAUGCAGGUUGGAUCACCAUUAAAUGCCAGUAUCAUACUCAAACCGCAUGAGCAUACCCCACCGCUGAAUAAAGAUUUCAGUGGUAAUCUCUAUGAGAAUCUACUGACCAUUAAGGCAGCCCAAGAAUUGGAACAACCAAUGCCAGUGACAAUAUGUACAAGUACACCCACCGAUUCGGCAUCGGAAAAAGAUUCUCCCGCCGUUAUGGCAGCUGCUGAGGAACAUGAAAAUUAUUAUCAAACCCCGAGGAAAUCUAUAAUCAGCAUCGAUGAUAAGGUACCCUCAUAUUAUCCCAAUAGUUGUGAUACAAUGAAAAUGAAAAGGGGGUCCAAAUCAUCCCACCAUUUGGGUCUUAAACAUUUGGUCAACAUCAAAAUGCGCCGAGAACGCAAAGAGAAUCUGUACAUAUCAUCGCCCCAGAAAAUCAUGGAUCAGCGUAAGAAGUCCUCCAACCAGACGACAGCGGCAAUAGGUAGCGGUGGAGGUACCUCCACCAUACCUCGACGUACCCAAAAUGCUCAAAAAAUCUCGGAAAAUGUUUACACCGUCAAUAUCAAUAAACGCAGAUCUCUAAUGCUCAAUACAAAUAACAAUAACAACAAUAAUACCGAAAAAUCUUCCUACAAUGAUCUCAAUGACGAUGCCGUCCAAUUGAAGGAGCAGCUACAAACGGAAUUGCUACAAUUGGCUUUAUUGCAAAAUAUUGAUUUUAAAUUUGAUGAUACGAUUAAUGGUGGUGGCGGAAGUAUGGCAGAGGAUCCAUCUACCACAAACUCUACUCCCAAUAAGGAUCGCAUGGAAAAGGAUUACAACACCACCCCCAAACAAAGUGGUAUACGCCGUUUGGAGGAGGCAGAAUUGGAAUAUGAAAAUUGUUACAAGGCAACCAAAGAUGCCACACGUCUCCUGCACAAAUAUGCCACAUUGGCACCCAAGCAAUCGAUGCGUAUCAAACAACAGCUACAGCAACAUUUGAAAAACAAUCCCAAGGAUUUAAUGACACAAUCGGCCAAAUUGGAAUCAUCCUCCUCACCCGUAAGUAAUGGCAUUGCCGGUGAUCUAUCAUCCACGGCCACCGCUCAAGUUAUGGGUACGAAAAAAUUCGGUUCAUUACCUCGUUUUAAGAAAAUCGAUUUCUCACCGCUCAAAUUUAAAAUUAACAAUGUUUUACAAAGAAAUCAGCAUAGCGAAUUUUGAGCUUC